UUAGCAAUGCACUCGUUGUUUCAAUAUAUCAUCCUGCCCAAAUCAGUACUUUACAUGGCGCAGUCGGUUAAAAGUAAUUGUUGAAUCGUUAUAAGUUAACGGGAUUACCUAGAUUAACUAGGAUAUUGAGUGAAGUGGAAUUUACAAAACAGUGUGUUGCGACUAGUGGAAAAUGGAUACAGUUCUAAGGCCGCCACCUCCAUUUUGUUUCGAAAAUACUCUCUCAAGCGUUACGUCGGGAAACUUAAGUAGACAAUGGUUAAAGUGGAAGAAAUCGUUUGAGAUAUACUCUAAAGCAUGUGAGCUUAGUAAAAAAACUGAAGACGUACAAGUGAGCAUUUUAUUGCAUGUCAUAGGAGAACAUUGUCGCGAAGUCUAUGAACAGUUCACAGAUAAAAUAACUACAAUAAAAGGGUUAUUAGAACAUUUUGAUAAAUAUUUUCUACCAACAAAAAAUCUGACUAUCGAGCGGCACAAGUUUUUUCCGAGAGGUCAACAAGAAGGCGAGUCCGUUGAACAAUAUACAUUUGAGUUAAACAAAUUAGCUAUGACAUGCGAGUUCAAGGACCUAAGGGACGACUUAAUAAGAGAUAGGCUAAUUUGUGGAUUGAGAGAAGACUCGAUGAGGGAACGUUUACUUCGAGAAAGCGAGACCUUGACCCUACAGAAAGCCGUGGAUAUGUGUCGUAUAGCGGAAAUGUCACGCAUGCAAGCAGGCUGUAUUAAGCAAGAGGAUACAAUAGUAGAUUGUCCUAAUGUGCAGCCAGUCGUGCAUGCGCCGCGUAAGCUGCCACUGGCGCUGCGGGAUGCGGUCAAAAAUAAGCUGGAUGAAAUGCUGGAGCAACAGGUCAUCGCGAAGGUUGAGGGGCCCACGGACUGGGUCAACAGUAUGACUGUCGUGAAGAAAGCUAAUGGAGACCUUCACGUGACAGUGGAAACUGAUCACAAGCCACUAGUAAGUAUAAUCAAAAAGCCUAUUGCUAGUGCCCCGGCACGUCUUCAACGAAUGUUGCUAAGGUUACAACCAUAUACAUUUGAGCUGGUGUACAAGCCGGGCAAGUACCUUUACGUGGCAGACGCGCUGUCGCGCGCGGUGGCGCCGGCCGACUCGAGCGCACCACCUGAGAAGCCACUAGAUCAUUUAGAGAUGGAAGCGCAAGACAGUGAGACCUCCUGA